AGACGUCCCGAGUCGAGUCGAUUCGCAGAACGACGGCGAUUCCUGGAUUCGAAAAGAAUCGAUGGAAUCGGACAGUGCGGCGGAACCGUCGCAUCGAGAUGCCGAUAGGGUCAAGGGCCCAUGGAGCCCCGACGAGGACGAUCUGCUGAGGGAGCUUGUGCAGCACCACGGCGCUCGGAAUUGGUCCCUGAUAAGCCAGUCGAUCCCCGGGAGGUCCGGGAAGUCAUGCCGCCUCCGUUGGUGCAACCAGCUCUCGCCGGGGCUGGAGCACCGCCCCUUCACGGAGGAGGAGGACAAUCUCAUCCUCAGGGAGCACGCCAAGCACGGCAACCGAUGGGCAACCAUCGCCAGGCAACUCAGCGGCCGCACGGACAACGCGAUCAAAAACCACUGGAACUCCACGCUCAAGCGCAAGUUCUCCGCGGCGAUCCCCGACGGAGAAUCCGCGUCGCGGCGGCCGGAGGAGAAGAAGCCUCGCGGGAGGAGCCCGGGGAGCCCGCCGAGCUCCGAGCUGAGCGAUCCGGUCGCGUCGUCCGGAUCCGAUCCUCAGCUGCGGCCCAUGGGGGCGAGGACAGUCGCCGGCUUGGCGGUGUUGGUACGCACUCGGAGCGAGUCGCGGGGCGUGGACGAUGGGGAAGAGGACGGCCCUUCGACCCACCUGUCGCUGUCGAUUCCCGGCAGCGAGUCGAGCGAGAUGGGAGGGAGGCGGGAGGAGUCGAGCAGAGAUAGAGGAGGAACGACGAGGCGGUUCGGGCCCGAGUUCACGACGGCGAUGCGGGCGAUCAUCAGGACAGAAGUGAGGAACUACAUGACGGAGCUGGAGAGAGGCGUCUCUGGGCUCUGGGACAAUGAGGGCUCGCGAAACGACGCCGUUUGACGAGUCUGAGUCAGGGAGGUGGAAUAAACGAAAUUUUUUUUAUGAGCUUAAAUUUAAUUAGACCGAAUUAUCCUUAAGGCUGUGCAUGAAAUAUAAGCGAGGUUGAGGUC